GUGGAGUCAGCGCCGGAACUGUGACGUCAUCCAGCCGCGCCGCCGUGUGGAACGUGGGGAAAGUUUUAGCUCUGCGUGCACGUGAAAACCCCGCGAGCAUGGCGUCGAUUCAGCAGCCGGAGGUCCUGCUGGCCCAAAGACUGGCCUCCAACGAGAAACCCGUCCGGACCAAAGCUCUGCGCAAGCUCAAGAAGUACAUCAGCGCGCGCGAGGGCGCCGCAGGUGGACUCUCAGCCGAGGAGCUGCUGAAGCUCUGGAAGGGCCUCUUCUACUGCGUCUGGAUGCAGGACAAGCCUCUGCUGCAGGAGGAGCUUUCCUCGCAGAUCUCCAACCUCAUCCACAGCUUCCAGAACCCCCACAAGCAGCUUCUGUACCUGCAGAGCUUCCUGGAGACCAUGAAGCGGGAGUGGACCGGCAUCGAUCGCCUGCGGAUGGACAAGUUCUUCCAGUUGAUCCGCUUCAUGUUCCGACAAACCUUUGAGGCUCUGAAGAGAAGCUCCUGGGAGAGCGGGGCAGUGACCGGGUUCCUGGAGCUGCUCGGCUCUCAGCUCCUGCAGAGCGACAGUGGAGCGCCUUCCGGACUCCAGCUCCACGUUCUGGAGCUGUACCUGACCGAGCUGGCCGCUGUGGGCUCAGCUGAGCUCACCGCCGAUCAGAACCUGACCUUCAUCGACCCGUUCUGCAGAACAGUGGCCAAAACCAAGAAUCAGAUGCUCUUCGGCGCCAUCUGCAGCCGGAUCUUCAGCCCGAUCAUCGACCAGGCUCCCUUCGCCGUGGAGGACCUGAUGAGGGAGGUGUCACAAGCUGAGGACUCGGAGGAGGACGAGGGGGGGCAGGAGACCCAGAGUGGGAGGAGCCGAGGAAAACUCGUCAACGGUAAAGGCUCCAGUGAUGGAGUGGAUGAGGAGGAGGAGCUUCUUCAUUCAGAGCUGGAUUCCCAGCUUUCAGGUGACGAGGACAUCGGACCAGUCUUACAGUUCGAUUACGCCGCUGUUGCAGACCGGAUCUUGGAGCUGGCGGGUCGAGGAAACACGCCGGGUCGGAACCGACAAAAACUCUACAGGAUCGUUAAAGUGCUCAAGGACCUCAGUGAAGGCGUGUUUCCUCAGGACGAGUAUCCGGAGGAGGUCUCCACGGACGAGGACGACGACAUGUUCGGCAGCAGGAAGAGGAUGAAGAGGGGGGCCCGCCCGGACCGCGGCAAGGACGAGCCGGCGCCGGGACCGAAGAAGAGUUCUAAGCCAGGAAGUGACGCAUCAAACAAAAGCGAAGAACCGUCAAAGGAUGCCGGGAAAAAGAAGAAGAAGAAGAAGAAGAAGAGAAAGAAGGAAGUUCUGGGAGAUAAAGCGAACUCUGAAGACCCGACAGCAGCAGAACCAGUAGAUGGUCCAGAAGGUUCCUUGGAGGCGGAGCCUGCAGAUGAGGCGGAGCCUGCAGAGGAGGCGGUCCAGGAGCUUCAGCUGACCUCGGCUCCGGCUGAAACAGAGAACCUCUCUGAGGAGGAUGGUUCACUGAAGAAGAAGAGGAGAAGGAGGAAGAGGAGGAGCAAAAACAAGGUUCUGGAGGUGGAGACCAACCUGGAGGUGUCAGCAGAGGAAACCUCAGAACCUCCAGAGUCCAAAGAUGAGCCCACAAACAAAACUAAGAAGAAGAAAACCAGAGCUGGAUGUGAGGCUCCGGUUAACGGCUCGCCAGCUUCUGAUGUCGCCGCAGGCGGCGAGGAUUCAUCGGAGGACGGUCCGAAGAGGAGGAAGAGGAGUCAAAGCGCUGAGGAAGGCAGUCAGCAGGAGACCGCAGGAGCCUCACAACAGACGACUGAUGCCAGCGCGGACACGAAACCUCCAGAAUCAGGAAACUCCGCCCCUCUGAAGAAGAGGAGGAAGAGGAGGAAAGCACCAGCAGAUGAAGAAGUCGGAGGAGAUGCAGAAAGCCUGCAAGCAGACGACGAGAAAACAGAGGUUACCAUGGCAACGCCAACAAAGAAGAAGAAGAUGAACGGACUCCAGAGUCAGACCUCGGAGGAAACCGGUUUGAGAGUCGAGAUGACACCAGCUGACCGCCAGGAGGUCAAGAAGAAGAAGAAGAAGAAGAUCAUCCCCGUGGAGUUUGAGUUUGAGGUGGACGAGAUGAAGGAGGAGGCGGAGUCAGCAGGAGGCUCUGGAGAGAUGGACGCCAAGAAACACCAGCAGGUCAAGGUUCAGAGAGCUGCAGAUCCGGGCUCUCCUCUGAAGACCGGAACCGGUUCUGGAUCAGGGUCCGACUUCGUGUCCUUUAAGACCAGGACUGUGGUUCCGAAACCUCUCUUCUGCAAGACCAGGACGGGGCAGGUCACCCCGCUCUCCAAGAAGAAGAAGAAAAAACCGGCCCGGUCCGAGCUGAAGAAGGUGACCUUCGGCCUGACGAACAACCAGACUGCUGAGUUCAGGAAGAGCGACCGCAGCUCGCUCCUGAGUCCAGACGGGUCGUCUCGAGUGCCCUUUGACCCGGAGCAGAAACCAAAGUUUGGCGUUUUGAAGACUCCUCCCACCACGCCGAAGACCAGCAAGAGGCGUUCAAAGACGAAGAUCUCCAGUACUCCGAAAUCCACACCCAAACGGCGCCCCCUGGCCUCAGACUUCUUCUGACAGAACAUUCUCUGAUGUCGGAUCUUCAGGACUUUGAAAGGACAUCGCUGUUCUCCUGUUUUGAUUCUGUUUUAAUAAAGUUCUUCUUCCUGUUUUCA